UGCACUAAGGUGGCAGUAUUUUAAUUUGGCUUUAAUGGGAUUUCAACAGUGAUUUGGGAACAAGGAACACAUUUCAGGUAGAACAAGUGCUUUAAAAAGGUCUGGCGCUUCAUUUCCCCCAUUUGAAUGGGUCAGAUUGUGCCUGACUUGAAUGCUGGACAAUCCAGAACAGAGCCUUUGGGUUCAGGCAGGAAGAACUGGCCUGGGAGAUGUGGUCAAGGAACAUGGUGUGGGUCACCAUCAUUCCUCCCCCCUUUCCCACCAGAAGACCCCCAGGCUGAGUCCUCAAUCUCACUCCUUCCCCACUUGGAGGCCAAGAUCCGUCAGACACACAGCCUUGCCCGCCUCCUCACCAGAUACGCUGAGCAGCUGCUCCAGGAAUAUGUGCAGCACCAGGGAGAGCCCUUCGGGCUGCCAGGCUUCUCGCCGCCGCGGCUGCCGGUGGCGGGCCUGAGCGCCCCGGCCCCGGGCCACGCGGGGCUGCCGGUGUCCGAGCGGCUGCGGCUGGACGCGGCGGCACUGGCCGCGCUGCCCCCGCUGCUGGAUGGCGUGCGCCGCCGCCAGGCCGAGCUGAACCCGCGCGCGCCGCGCCUGCUACGGCGCCUGGAGGACGCGGCGCGCCAGGCCCGGGCCCUGGGCGCCGCGGUGGAGACGGUGCUGGCCGCGCUGGGAGCCGCGACCCGCGGGCCCCGUGCAGAGCCCGCCGUCCCCGCCGCCGCCCCCGCCGCCCCGGGGGGCUUCUCGGCCAAGGUGCUGGGGCUCCGCGUGUGCGGCCUCUACGGCGAGUGGGUGAGCCGCACUGAGGGCGACCUGGGCCAGCUGGUGCCCGGCGGCCCCGCCUGAGCGCGGCGGGCUGUCGCCUCCUCUCGGUCUGUCUCCAUCGCUCUCAGCGUGUGUCCUUGGAUUGCCCCUACCGCUCUGUGCUUUGUGUCCUCCUCCAUCUCUUUCUGGGCCUCCUGUCUCCGCAGGGGACUUCCUUGUGCCCAUCGUUUUCAGCUUUUCCUCUGUCUCUUUUUCUCAUCUGUCUCUGGGAGUCGCCUUUCCCAUCACUAUCUCCCUUUGGCGGGUGUGAGCACGUAUGCUUCUCACCCUUAUUUCUGCCUCAUCUCGCAGAGAUUCUCUCUCUCCUCUCUCUCUCUCUCUCUCUCUCUCUCUCUCUCUCUCCUUUCUCUCUCCUCUCUCUCUCUCUCUCUCUCUCUCUUUAUCUCUCCUUCCCUCCUUUGUCCUCACCACCAAGAAGUGCCUGCUGGUCCUGUGGUGGGAAGGCUGCUCCAGACCAAUUUCAGCCACCCUCCCCCAGGGUCAUCCCGCCGGCUGCACUCACCCACCCCACCCAUCCCUCUCCCUUUGAUGUCCUUCCCUUCCUUGCUUCCCCAUGCCCUAUCCCUGCACAGCCUCCAGUCCCCUAGCCAGGUCU